ACCAUGAAGAUUUCUCUUCUUCUCCUCAUUCUCUCUCUUUUCACCUCUUCAAUCGCCGCUUUCCCCCAUUUUUUCCCCAACGUUUCCUCCAUUCCGCCAUCGCUCUUGCCCAACACCACCGCCGGUGCUUGGGAUAGCUUCCACAAACUCUCCGGUUGCCAUUCCGGUCAGACUGUUCCAGGUAUUUCUAAACUCAAAACCUACUUACAUUACUUCGGAUACAUCGGUAACGCCUCUAAAAACUACACCGAUGAUUUCGAUGAUGGACUUGAAUCUGCGGUUAAAAAUUAUCAGCUCAAUUUCAAUUUAAAUACUACCGGUGAACUUGAUGAGCCGACGGUGAAUCAGAUCUUAAAACCUAGAUGUGGAGUUGCGGAUAUUAUUAAUGGAUCUAGCACUAUGAACUCUGGUAAAGCUGCGUCGAUGGUCGGACAUACAGUAGCUCAUUAUUCGUUUUUCCCUGGGAUGCCGCGGUGGUCGUCGCGCCGUCGUGAUUUGACCUACGCGUUUGAUCCGAGAAAUCAACUUUCCGAUGACGUUAAGCGCGUUUUCGGUAACGCCUUCACGCGGUGGUCGGAAUGGACGCCGUUGACAUUUACCGAAAGCAGUAACUACGAUACUGCGGACCUUAAGAUCGGAUUCUAUGGAGGAAACCACGGUGACGGCGAGGAUUUCGACGGAGUUCUCGGAACAUUAGCUCACGCUUUUGCACCGCCUAGAGGAUUACUACAUCUAGACAGCGACGAAACUUGGAUCAUCGACGACGUUUUUGCGUCUGGAUCUCCGUCGGCGAUGGAUCUGGAAUCGGUGGCGGUGCAUGAGAUCGGACAUCUGUUAGGUCUAGGUCACUCGUCGAUAGAAGAAGCAGUCAUGUUUCCGACGAUAUCGUCCGGUGUUCGGAAAGUGGAGCUGGCGAGGGACGACGUUGAAGGUAUUCAGGUGUUGUACGGAUCAAACCCUGACAGCAAUAGCACCGUCGGACCGACGUUCGGCGGCCGGGAAACGAGUGGGGCCCACAUCGUAUCAUCGUUAUUGGUCCACGUCAUAUUUUUGGCCAUUGGAUUAGCAUUGUUUAUUUUGUAGACGGUUGUUUUAUUUUUUAUUUCUAUUUUUUGUAAUUUAAAAU